CGCAUGAGUCAACAAUGAGGUCUGGAUACUUGGUAAGCUACUUCGAUUGAGAACCCCAUUCAGAAACCUUUGAGACUGUCAUUACUUCUUGAAACCUAUUGACCUAGUUUCCGCUACCAGCAAGAUGAUUGAGGGCUUGCUGUAAACUUUCAGCCCGUGGGGCAAUUGACACGCCCAAGACUUUCUGAGUCUCCUCAUUCAUCACUCAUACAUUCAUCCACAUGCCGUCCGAUAUUGCGUCUCCCGAGAUUUCCACGAUCUACGCAUUUUAUCUGGACCAACAUGGAAAACACGUUAGAUAUGGAACACGUACACCCCUUAAAGCUCUUUGAUGUUGCGAGAAAAGAAAGGCGCUUUCUAUAUGCUUCAGCGCCUAUGGUGCGAUACAGCAAGCUCGCCUUCCGUCAGACCGUCUUUGCCUAUGGCACAGAUUUGUGUUGGACACCUAUGAUCCUGGCCAAAGAAUUCAACAGGAAUCGUUUUGCUAGGGAUAGUGACUUCACAAUAUCUACCAAUGGCCCUCAACCCCCUACAAUAGUACAGUUCGGGGCCAACGUUCCUCAGGAGCUCGCAAGGGCAUCAUCACUCGUGGCGCCGUUUUGCAGCGGUAUCGACCUGAAUUGCGGUUGCCCUCAAUCAUGGGCCUGCGCCGAGAGUCUGGGGGCUGCCCUAAUGGAGAAGCGGGAACUGGUACGGGACAUGGUAGUCGAGACCCGGGAGCAGCUGCGCCAAGAUGGUUGGGCUGUUGAAAAAGAGAAGGACAUGGACAGCCCGAGGGGGAGGAGCCUAAGUGUCAAGAUUCGGGUGCACAAGGAUCUCCGCAAAACAAUCGACUUUAUAACCACAGUCCUCGGCCCCGAGGCAAACCGGCAUAUCGACUUCCUCACAAUUCACCCCCGGACAAGAUCAACCCCGUCCAGCACACCAAUCAACCUCGAAGCCCUCGAGAUCCUGACAUCAACCUUCGGCGACCGCGUCCCAAUCCUCGUGUCAGGAGACGUCUUUGCGCUCAACGCUCUCCCUUUCACAUCCCCUCUCCUUAACACUCCCACUCCUACCAACACCAACUCAAACCCCGUUUCCACCGCCACCGCCGCCAGCACCACCUCCUCCUCCCCUUCAAACCCCCUGGUCAAGCCCAACCUGCCCAAACUCUCCGGCCUAAUGUCAGCCCGCGCAAUCCUCGCAAACCCAGCCCUCUACGCAGGACACGAAACCUGCCCCUGGGAGGCAGUCGAGACGUUCCUGAACAAGGUGGUGCGCAGCCCGCUGCCCUUCAAGCUGGUGCUGCACCAUUUGAGUGAGAUGUGCGCGCCGGGCAUGAGCCCCUUCAACAAGUCCGCGCUGCUGACCAAGCAGGAGCGGGCUGCCAUGCUGGCGUGUAGCAACAUGGUUGAUUUGAUUGAUUUUUUGGAUGAGAAACGGGGACGGGGGGGGGGGUUAGGUUUAAGGCGGGAUCGAGGUUAA